UAAAGAAAGGCUUUUUUAUUCAUUCCUUUUCUCCUUUAUUAAUUAUUGUGUGAACUGAACUGUGAUUACAGCUGAACAUCUAAAAUAUUUUCAUCCUCUUUUGAAAAAAAAAAAAAUCAAAGCAAAGCAAAGAUGGUGAUGGGAUUGGGAUUGGGAGUGAAGGAGGAUGAGUCGACGAGGAGGGUGAAGAGGAGGAGGCUCUGCCGCUCCGAAUUAGAUGUGCCCGAUUUCAAGGAGUUUCCGCCGCCGCAGAGUGAGGGCCAAAAGCCCUUCAGGGACUCCAUAAAGGAGUUCCUGAGCCGACACGCCCAACUCGCCCUUCCUCCCUCCCUGUUCCCCUCACUCCUCUCAUGGCGCCUCUCCCUCCGCCUCUCUUCCGUCGCCGUCGCACUCCACGUCGUCGAAGAGGACGUCACCUCCUCCUCCCGCUCCCUCUAUUGUGACCACUGCCGUGUUCUUGGCUGGAGUGGGCAUCCGGUGUGCCAAAAGAGGUACCACUUCAUAAUAAGAGCGGAAAGCGUUGUGUCAUUACAUGAUGAUGAUGAUGAUGAUGAUGAUGAUCCUGAUCCUUAUCAAGCUCAAGUUGAUGACGGACGAAAAAGCUACCUCAACUCUUGUUCUGCCUGUGGAGCCCCUCUUCUUCACUUCAACGAUUCUAGGUGCCGGAGGUGCAAGACAUCCAUAAGCGCGGAUGAUGUGGAAGAUUGGAUAAAUGUUCAGUUGGAAGAUCACACGCAUCUUCUCCACGCUGUUGUCCACUCCAAUGGCUUUGGCCAUCUUCUUACUCUCAACGGCAGACAAGGCGGCUCCCUUUUUCUCUCCGGUCGCCAAAUUAUGGACUUUUGGGACCGGCUUUGUUGUGCCCUUUUUGUCAGGAAGAUAAGCGUGAUGGAUGUGUCGAAGAAACACGGGAUGGAGUACCGGCUGCUGCACGCCAUCACCGACGGUCAUUCGUGGUAUGGCAAUUGGGGUUACCAGUUUGGCGCCGGCAGCUAUGCUCUCACCCAAGAUGCCUACCUCAAAGCCGUACAUUCCCUGUCCAGCACGUCCCUCUCUCCUUUCCUCUUCCACCCACGAGCCCCCCAAUCUCACCUCCAAUCACUUAUUGCCUUGUACCAGUCCUUGUCCCACACUGAAUUUGCCACCUUCAAGGAUCUCUUCUCCUUCUUGUUGAGUCUCCUUCGCCAAGUUCGUGCUCUUACAUCUUCUGACAAGCCUCAUUUUCCCUCCUCAAAUGCGCUGUGUGCGUGGACAAGGAAUGAUGUUGAAUGCUUGCAACAAGCAAUGAUUAAGAUCCUACGCGCCUCCACUGGCUGUGGUUGGGUUACAAGACGUGCUCUCAAGGGCACCAUGUGCAAGGCCGCGUCACCGGAGCUUCUUGAGUACUGCCUCAAACACUUUGGAGGCAACGUUACCCAUGAUGGCAUGGUGGUUCAUUCCCAUUGCAAUCCCACUUCUAGUACUAUAGAAUACAGGCUCGAGCCUUUGAGUAGCACCAACGCUCGAUCUGGUGUGAAUUUCGUUUACCCAUCAGAAGAACAAGUUUUACGCGAUCUGAGGUUCUUGUACGAGUCGUUUCUUCAUCCUGACACCAUGGUGAGUUAUAAGCCCCAGAGGAUCAGGGAUCAAGUGAUUGAUUCGGCAACUAAACUUCUUGAUUGCAAGCAAUUUGUGAAAGUCUACGUGUCUGAAACUGCUGCAGUGGAGAGCCCUCAAGCAAUUCAUCUCUGGUGUGAUGUGCAACUUUCAGACCAACCCAAGGGUGAGCCAGUGGUACCCCCUGAAUUAAUUGUCUUACCCUUGAAUGCAAAUGUGGCCGGCCUUAAAAGUGCGGUCACCCAAGCAUUUCGAGAAGUAUACCCCAUGUUCAAGAGGUUUCAGGCUGAGGAGUUGGUUGGGUAUGGCUCCAUAGAUGACUCAAUUACAGUUAAAUUUCUAGUUGGAACAGGUGGGUCUGUUCGACUUGCUGGAAAAUGUGCUGCAAAACACGGGCUUAAUCGGUUCCGCAUGGAAAGAGGAAUUGAGAGCUGGACGGUCAGUUGCUCGUGUGGAGCCAAGGAUGAUGACGGCGAGAGAAUGCUGGCUUGUGAUACAUGUGGCGUUUGGCAACACAUCAGGUGUGUUGGGAUUGCCAAUUCAGAUGAAAUCCCCGCCAAAUUUGUUUGUUUGAAAUGCAUAAACACUUACCGCAACAAACACCGGAGCAUCCAUCAUUCUACAAAGAAUGGCAAGUAUGUUUCUGUCUUCAGUAGGACUUGUAGAGGAAAAGCAGCAGCGAGUGAUGACCUUAAACUAACAACUAACUUGACCAUGGCAUCUUCUGUACGUUGAGCGGUGCUUUCCUUGUUUAUUGUUGUAUGUAUUAUAUCCAUGUACAGUUCCUCUUUUAGUUAGACUUUGUGGUUUUUCGGAAGAUUGUCAACUUUUUUUUGUAGACUCUCUUUUCCACUAUUUUUAGGACCCAUUUAGUUUGUUGAUUUGAGUUUUUAAUUCGAAUUAAGAUGUGAUUUUAUG